UAUUUCAAAAUAUCUGACAUUGAUAUAUAGCUCAGUGGUGACGAUACGCUGCUUCCACUAUUAUUUCUAGUUUUUCUGACUGACGACCUCAGAGUUUUCUUUUUUCUCUCUUUGUGACAAAUUAUUUCCUAUAAUGUAACAAUAUUUGUAUCAAAAUGUUGGCGGAGCAGAAAUCAAAGCAAAAAUGGAGCGAGGAUCCACGAAAUAUGAAAUGGAGUACCGAUAAAGAUCGCUAUGGAUACCAAAUGCUUGAGAAAAUGGGCUGGGCUGAUGGGAAAGGACUAGGGAGAGACAAAACUGGGAGCACGUCUCACGUUAAGAUAAAAAAACGGAAACAAAACCUUGGUUUGGGUGCUAAAGAGAGCCAUGAUAAUGACUGGUUAGCUCAGCAAGAAGAUUUCAACAAUCUCUUAUCAGCUUUGCAAAAACAUGGCGGAAAUGCAGAAUUACAAACUGAAGAGCAAAACAGGAAAGCAAUGCUUGAAGUUGCAAAGGCAUCUCGGAAACGCGUAUUCUACAAAAGGUUUAUAAGAAGCAAGGAUACCUCAAAAUAUUCUCAAGCGGACAUGGAAUGUAUUUUUGGUUCUGCACCAAGUCAAUCAGCACCUGCUACACCAUUGAACCAAUCGGAUGAUGAAGUAGCUUCUGAGGACAGCGUAGCAUCCUGCCCCACAGUUCCUUGUGAUGCAACAUCUGGGUUUGUCACUUACACAAGCAAACAAAACAUUCAGGAAUAUUUUGCCCAUCGCAUGAGAGAACUUCAGGGUGGCAAAGGGAUUGAAAAGAGCGCUGGUGGCAAACAGGGAGAAUGCCUUGAAGGACAAGAUGGGAUUGGAAAGGACGAAGUUGUGGAUAAGCAAGGAAGAACUGAGGUUGAUCAUGAAGCAGAGAGUGGUAAAAAAGUCAAGAGAAAGAAAAGGGAAUAUUCUGAGGAUUGUUCAGGAAUUGAUUCACAGAAAAUGAAGAAAAGGAAACGAUCAAGGGUUGAGAAGGAACAAAAGGGGAUUAACAAGGAACAAGAAGGGAUUAACAAGGAACAAGAGGGGAUUAACAAGGAACAAGAGGGGAUUAACAAGGAACAAGACGGGAUAAACAAUCAUAAAACAGACGAGAAGGAAACUGCAAAGAAGUCGAGGCGACGUAAGAAGAAAGAGAAUAAUGGAAUAGUGGAUAAUGUUUUGGACAUUAUUGAGGACGAGACGUUAUCUAAGAGAAAUAAAAUGAAAAGGAAGAAAGGUAAAAAAAGAAAAAUGAAAAGCGAUGAUUAUAUAAUGGCAAAUGGUUUGGGAAACGUCAACGAGGUGGUGGAGAGUGUUUGCGAUGAAGAUACUUUAACUCACUCUGGAGGAGAGGCAGUUGCCAAGAAAAUAAAAAGUAAAAAGGGAAAAUCAAAUGAUGAUGUUUUUCAAGAUUCGGUUAGUUUUAAUGCGAUAGAAAACGACUUAGACUCCGUUAGGGUAAAGCAAGAUGUUGAGAAUAUUUCGUUGGGUAAAGAAAGUAUGAAAUCAAAAAUCAGGAAGCAAGUUAAAGGAAGGAAGAAAGAGACGAAGAAGUCGGAUGAUCAAGAAACGAUGGCAAAUGAGAUUCGUGAUGAACCACAGACUGCUCCCUUUAGGCCAGUUAAAAAGAAUAAGAAAAGAAAAAGCAAAUGCUAAAAAUUGUAAACGAUUAAUUAUUUCAUUUCAUUUGAUAUAUUUAAGUUGAAUGAGGAUAAUCGUAACCAAAAGCUGUGAACCAUUUUGGGUUCAUCUCAAAAUAUUGAACAAAAACAAUAAUACGAGUGUAAUUUCGGUAACUAUAGUCUAUAAUUAUAAACUACCUCCUUCAGACGACUGCUUUCCUGGUAAAUAAAAUACAAUAUACGGUUUAUUUUACUUUGUUUUCUCCCCAAUAUCAGGUCAGGGAAGUCAAGGGACAAAAACAUACGAAUUGGGACAUUUCCGGUUUCUUGUUUUAAAAAUCUCAAAUUUCUGUGGCUUUUUUCCCCUGGUCCACCAUCUACUCAGUAAUAUUUCGCUUGUUUUCGCCGUGGUUCAUUGUUUUAAUUAUGUUUCGUAAACCACACUGCCCACGAGAGCCCACGCAAAUAGGCCUGCAGGAAAAACACAGAUUGGUAAAUAAAAAAGCAAACCUUGAAUCAAGUUUUGUAAAGAUAUAUCUCGUUUAAAAAGCAUUU